UAUAGGUCAACUUUUUCACCUAAUUUCCUCUCUCAUCUGUGGGAAAGUCUGUGUUUAUCUAAUUCUAAUCAGUCACAUGCUCCGGCGCAUUUUAUUAUCUAUUAUCAUCAUUUCGAUUUGAAUUGAAAUUUUGAAUUUGAUCAUAAUUUGAUCUCUUUUCUCUUCUCUAAAAUUGAGUUGAAUUUCUCAAGUGAUUUUGGUGUGUAACGUUUCCACAGUAAAAUCAUUUUUGUAAGAUAAUUGGAUCGAACUCAACAAAGAAAGCACUGGGUAAGCUACAGAUAACCAUUCUAAAAAAAUUCCAGUUUUAUUGCAUAUUUGAAUGUUUUUCAAGAUCAGUUCAUUAACCAAGAAAUUCAAUUUUGUCGCAAUGAUUCAUCACAAAUGCCGAAAUAACAUUUACCCGGAUUUCAAGAAUAGCAUUUCUCGACUCGCAGUACCAGACGAAAAAGUAUCUUGGGAUAUUCCAUGGCCCGAGUACAAUCCACCCAACUACACCUCUGAAAGUAUUAAAGGUCAAGUAUGGGCUGAUCCUGAUCUGACCGAUUCUAGCUUCCAACCUUCGUGGAAUCGUUUAGACGGUAAAGUAAAUCGUGAAAGUUACGUCGGCGAGUAUAAAAUCAUCGACGGACGUCCUUUGAAUCCAAUUGGUAGGACGGGACUUCAAGGUAGAGGUAUUUUAGGAAAAUGGGGCCCGAAUCAUGCCGCCGAUCCGAUUGUAACGAGAUGGAAACGAAACCAAAACGGAGAAAAACAAAUGAAUUCAACGAGCGGUAAACCAAUGUUACAAUUUGUCGCUAUCAAAAGACGAGAUACCGGAGAAUGGGCUUUGCCUGGUGGAAUGGUCGAUGCUGGCGAAAGUAUCAGUCAAACUUUAAAACGCGAAUUUUUAGAAGAAGCGUUGAAUUUUCUAGAGAAAUCUGACGAAGAGAAAAUUGAACUGAAGAAACAAAUUGAAAAAAAAUUUACUGAUGGAAGUGAAAUUUAUAAAGGAUAUGUCGAUGAUCAUAGAAAUACAGAUAAUGCUUGGAUGGAAACGGUUGCUGUGCAUUUUCACGAUGAUGACAACAAGUCGUUAGGUGUUCUACCUUUGCAUGCUGGCGAUGAUGCGGUAGGCGUGCGUUGGAUGGAUAUUGAUCGUAAUUUAAUGUUAUACGCCAAUCAUUGUGCCUUUUUUGAAAAAGUCAUCGAACGUGUUCAGGCUAACUGGUAAAUUAUGAAAUCAUCGAAACAUUAAUAUGUUUUGAUUUUUGAUCGAGUGUAAUGAGCUUUAUCAGUUUGUUUGUCAAACUCACGAUUUUUUAAAUUUGUAUUUGUAGGCCUAGGUAUGUUGUUUUGUAUCAGAUAUUCGAUGUGAUUUAAUCUUAAAAUUUAAUUGAUGAAAUUUUUUUCUCGACGUUUUCAAGUCAAACUGUUCAGUUGUGAUGUAUUAAUUGGGCUAGAAAUCAUGAAAAAUACUUACCAAAUUGUAAAAAAAAAAUGUGGUUACGCGAAGAAUAGGCAACAAUUUUCAACAGAAAAUUAUACGAUCUUCAGUUUUUUUUUACUAUUUUAAUUGAAAGAAAAAAAUGUAGGUAAUUGAAAAUUUCUUGAAUGAACAUCAACGUAACAUUUCUGUGUCGAUACAAUUUUUAACUGAAUUCGUGAGCAUAAAUGAGGUAUAUUUAUGUUUAUUUGAAUUAUCCACGUAGAUAAUGAUUUGAUGUAAAGUUCAAAGUCUAUCAUAGUUUUAAAGAAAAUUUGUAUUAUUCGCUCUUACUUUAGAAAAUAUGUAUAAAAAGUUAUUGAUUGCUAUUUUCAUUAUGUACUGUUAAAGAUCUGUGAAAGAACACUGAACAGCCAUUCAUUGUCAUUCCAUUAUUUUUCGUAUUGAAAUGAUUGAUUUCACUGUUUUAAUAGGUACGUCUUACGUCAUUUCUUAAAUUUGAAUAAACGAACGUUUUCAAAUGACUA